AUGCCUUUCUUCAAAAGGUCUUACCUCAUCGAGAAUAUCAAGAAAGGUCGUCACGAGUACGACCGUCAGUUCAAUGCUUUACUGCACAGCAUCUGCGCAUACACCCUAUUUCAAGCAAUUCAUGCUCAAGACAAGCCGUUAUUACCGGAUCGACUGCAGUUGGCCGAAUCAGUUCUAUCGUACGUCGCAGAGCUCCAUAGUGGACCAGACUUUGGCCAAGAUCCCUCGGUUGAGGACGUGAUGACAAGUUUCUUUCUAUUCGGCUGUCAGUUUUGCCGUAACAACCACAAAGCAGCGCAGUUUCGGUUCCGAGAAGCCAUGAGCUUAGCCGAAAUCUUAGGACUACACGAUCCAGCCAGCUACGGGAACAUCAGCCCCGACGAGGCAGACCGGAGAGUGAGGACGGUGACGGCAAUGGCCUUUGUCGAAAGGAUAUAUGCUUUGCAACAUGGCUCUACACUGCAAAUGCCGCGGCUGAUGGGGCUUGAUAUGAUGCCGUUUCACAAACUCAUCAAGCGUGUAUCGUCAACCGAGGAGUCAAUCGAAGACGCCGCGGUCGAUGGCUUGGGGCGCAUGAUUGAUCAAGUCGACUUCGUUGACGAGACUGUCGUGCGAUGUUGGAAGAGCAACUGUAGCUUACAACCACAACCAAGCGAGCAUCCUCAUGUCUCCUCGGACAAGCUGGUAUCGCUCCUCCGGCGAUAUAAGAGGCCGCUCGACUCCGGUCCGAUGAUGAAGGAGGGAAGUGCACAGCACGCUGACAUCCUCCUCACAAGGCACUGGGUCCGUAGCAUGCUCUGGAAUCUCGCACUCCGACAUGGCUUCAUCAAUCCUUACGCGUCCGAGGUUGAGUUGCGGCCUGAAUACGCCGUGGAAAUAGCCGCCGAAACGAUAGAGGCAUGCGCCACUUUCGACAUCCGCUGUUUGGAGACUCACGGGGUUGGUCUGGCCGAGAAGCUAUUCAACGUCGCUAGCAAUUGUGCGCGGGUUGCCCGAGCCUUUCCGGCAAGAACUGGAGGUGUCGUGUUCGAAAUGCCUAUACCUGGACUUGAGUCUGGCUCUGCUGCUGGCUGCGGCCCUCUGGAUUCGACCGAUUUCAACUUCGAUUCCUCAUGGGCUUCGCAAGUCCCUAUUUUCGACGCAGAUUGGUCAGCCCCGCAAGGGACUCAAGUCCCAGAGAUACUGAACAGAUUCUUGGCUCUGUUUGCACUGUUCAGGAAGGGGAACCACCCUUUUCUCAAGCCAUUUAUGCAACUGAUGGCCAGUCUGGACUUUACCAGUGAUUCCGACUCCACAUUGUGGUCGCAGGAAGACAACCUACACGUGCCGCUUGUUAUGUAA